AUAAACAAACGACAGGGGGAAGGAGAAAAAGGAAAUUCCCUUCUGCCUUUUCCUCUUCCUGAGCAUCCUGCGCUGCGCAGUGUUGGCGACACCACCGGGGAGCGGUGCGCAUUUUUCUGUCGAUCGAGGAGAACCAGAGCAUCUGAAGCGGCACAUCUAAGCCGAAACUGACAGGGUCCGAGAGGAAAGAAACCCCGCAGCCUGACAACCGAGGAGGAAAUUGCGAGUUUAUUCAUUCAUCUUGAAAGCUUUUUUUUUUGUUCAAUGCACUGAGGAAAGACAGCCAAACCUGAUGCACCCUCCAAACGGGAUAUUUGACCGACCUAUGGGGUGUUGAUUUACAUUCCGUCAUUUUCCAAGAUUUCUUUUUUUUUUUUUUGGACAAUCAAAGCGUGCACAGCCUUUUACACUGGCCUAUUUUCUCUUCUUAGAAUAAAUUGCUGCGGGCUGAGAAAAUAGCUUUCAUUGCCAGUUGGGUGUUACAUAACCGAGUGGCAUUAGCUGUCCAAGGUGCUGAACUGAACGGUUGGAGGACUAUAACGGGACGAGCCGAGGGGAAUUCACAACCUUGCAAGGUCACAGGCCUAUCAGUCGGGGAAGAGGAAAGCGCCGCUCGUUGAACCAUUUGGGAAGCUGCUGGGUUAUAUUCAUAUAUUUCCCCUCCCCAUCGUCCCUGUGGUGAAAUACAUUACUGAGGUGGUCGAUUCAACGGAGAGAAAAUGUCGGGGCAAACGCUCACGGAUCGCAUUGCCGCUGCGCAAUACCAGCUAACGGGAUCAGAUAUGGCCCGGGCUGUCUGCAAAGCCACCACUCAUGAAGUGAUGGCGCCCAAGAAAAAGCACCUGGAGUACCUGGUGUCAGCCACCAAUACCACCAAUGUUAACAUCCCUCAGAUGGCUGACACGCUGUUUGAGCGAGCUACUAAUGCCAGCUGGGUGGUCGUCUUCAAGGCCCUUGUCACCAGUCAUCACAUGUGUGUCCACGGCAACGAGAGGUUCAUUCAGUACUUGGCCUCCAGGACCUCCCUGUUCAACCUCAGCAAUUUUAUCGACAAAACCGGCUCUCACGGCUAUGACAUGUCUACAUUCAUUAGACGGUACGGACGAUACCUGAACGAGAAAGCCUUCGCCUACCGCCAGAUGGCUUUUGAUUUCACCAGAGUCAAGAAGGGUGCUGAAGGCGUGAUGAGGACCAUGACCACUGAGAAGCUGUUGAAAGGCAUGCCUGUUCUGCAGACUCAGAUUGACACACUCCUGGAGUUUGAUGUUCAUCCCAAGGAGCUGAACAAUGGGAUCAUCAAUGCUGCAUUCCUGCUCCUCUUCAAGGACUUGGUCAAACUGUUUGCAUCCUACAAUGAUGGAAUCAUCAACCUAUUAGAGAAAUACUUCAAGAUGAAGAAGAGUGACUGUAAGGAGGCCUUGGAGAUCUACAAGAGGUUCCUGACCAGGGUGACAAAGAUUGGGGAAUUCAUGAAGCUGGCUGAGACAGUUGGAGUUGACAAAAAUGACAUUCCUGACAUCAACUACGCUCCCAGCAGUAUCCUGGAGAGUCUGGAAACGCACAUGAAUGGUCUGGAGGAUACAAAGGGUGGAAAGAAGGGUGAAGGGUCUCCAACAAAGGGGUCUCCGACAAACAAUGUGUCUCCGACAUCGACCCCGGCCAAAUCUUCAAACGCUGUUCCCACACUGCAGCCUCCUCCUGGGGAGAGCGCUGCCGCUGCUGCUGCUCCAGAGCCGGCUGAAGAUUCCUUGUUGGACCUGGAUCCACUGUCCUCCUCGGGGCCCUCAGCACCAUCAGCUGCACCCACGUCUUGGGGAGAUCUCCUUGGAUCAGAAAUGGGCGAUUCCUUGCUAUCUGAACCCACCCUCACGGCAGAGCCCACCCCCUCCUCUGCAGCAGCAACACCCACUCCUGCAGCGGCAGAACCCGGAGUCUCUCUAGCUCCUCCCACUAGCACAGCAGCCGCCACCUCCCCUGGCGCGGCCAAUAUGGAUCUGUUGGGAGAUGCCUUUGCAACACCUGCUCCCGCCACUGAGGCCUCUGCAGCCGCAGCUGAAGGUGGUGCUGCCGCUACGUCCACCCCAGCCAACACUGGAGCUGAGUCCACAGGAGGAGACGCCACAGCUGCCACUCCUGCCGCCCCUGGUGCUGAGCUCAUGUCAGUAUUUGAUGGCCUAGGGGAUGUAAUGAAGCCCACUGUGACCCCUCAGGCGGGUGAUGUUGACACCUCAAUGGCUAACAUGGCAAGUAAUCUCUCAAUGGGAACCUCAGCGGCUCCUCAGGUAGCUCCCCCCUGUUGGGGUGCUCCCAUGCCUGGGGCACCAGGAGCUCCCAUGAUGCCCAUGGUGAGGCCAGGCUUCGCUGCCACGGGAGCGACCCCCGGAGCACCGAUGUCUCCUGGAGUGGCCCAGAGCCCCAGAAAGCCUCCACCACCAAGGAACGCUCUGGAUGACCUCAACAUUAAGGACUUCAUGUAGACUGACUGACCUGUAAACCCCCAAGGUUUGUCAUUGUGUCUGGAGCUCUGUGGAUGUGGAUGUCUGCACUUCCCCACUGCCUUCCCCUCCAUCAUGCCCCAGCCCCUUCAACCAGCCAGCCAUUACAUCUUCUAUCUUUGCCCUCUGACCUCCUACCAGCCGCGACCCCCCCCCCUAAAAGAAACCUGCCCUCCUUAUCUAAUGUUGUAGCACAACUGUGAAUGUGAACCCUAGAUACAGAAAAACAAAAUUCUGUUUAUGUGUGUGUGGGUGUGCGUGUAAUUCAGUGUUAACCUUUACUUAAUAUACUAUGAAAAAAUGAACAAAAAAAAUAAUAAAUGUGUAUUUAGAUUCAUUCUGGAUUUCCGCGUAUCAGCUGACUUGGAAUGGUGGAUAUAUGUUGGUUUUUUUGCGCAUCUCCCAGACGAGGACUGUGUUGUUAAAUGUGGACUGUGUUCGGUGUGUGUAACUUCACUGGCCAACCCCCACUCCCACUCCUCUAACCAUGUUGUCCAAACUAAUACUGAGCUAUGUUUAUGUCAUUAAAAACUUGGUUGUACCAAUAUCUGCUUGGCCAUCCAUCCUCCUACCUGUCUACUUCAAGUUUUUUGGAGAACAAUUCUUGAAAAUGUACCUGGGAACAACUUGCACUGAGAAUCUGGACUUAUCAUGGAACACAUUAAACCGUGUUCAGUUUUAUUUUUACUUUAUCUUCUUUUCUUUUUUUAGGGAUCGUAUGAAACAUGCAAAAAUUUGUGAACUGUGUUCAAAUUGACAUAUGCAUUUUAGACUAUUUUAAAUGAUAGAUUAUACAUAUUUUCUUUAAUCUUUAUUUUAAGAGAAAAAAAAUGUAUCAUAUAUUUUUAGUUAUGUCAAAUUAUAUGGUUGGAAAAAAAGGCAAGUAGACUUAAAAAAAAUUCCCGCCUUCUUUGUACAUACAUCUCAAUCUGUAAUCAGAGGCAGUAUUGAAUGGAAACUUUGCCCUGAGUGUUUACUGUUGCGCCCUCUGCUGGUGUGGAGUGAUACUGCAUCGUAGCAUGCAACACAGGUCAAUCUGGGAUCAGAGAGCUCCUUUCCUUGUCUCAGUCUCUACACAAGAUGACUUAAUAUUAGGCUGGAAAUCCAAGAGACAAGGAAGCAUUUGUGUAUGUGAUUGGAAUGUGGCCUCAGUCCUCUUUGGGUCAUUUGAGACGCAGCAGCAGUCAGUACAUUCGUUCAUGUACUGUCAUUGGAAGUCUUGAGGACUCUCACUGUAAAGCACUCAAGUAUACGCUGGAUGUUCUGUGUGUUGUUUAUUUCCAAAAGUGACUGUAUCUUAAUCCAUUGUGGCAUUAACAAAGUGUUGAAAGAAAAAUAAAGAUGAAUAUGACACAUAAAAACAAAAAGAAUGUGGAUAAAUAAUGUUUGCUAAGUAUUCAUAUGAAGGCUGUGUUGUUUUUUUUUUGUUGUUUU